AUGCGCCGCCGCCAAGGUGACUUCAACAGAAAACGUCCGCCAAGCUGGACAUGGGCGGGCUGGGAAGCUGCACAGAACCCAUUGGAAUCUGGAAGUAAAGGCGCACGAGUUCGUUAUGAACAACCCUUUGAUGUCUUGGUCUUGAACUCCGGCAUCGUUCAACGGUACCGCAGGUGCGGUGAAGAGCGCAUUCGUCCUCGCAAAGGCAUAUUUUACAGUGUCCAAGAAAGACUUAACCGUUUCUCCUUGCAGGAACUGGGGCUCUUCGGCAUGUUGAACAUGACAUCGAAAGCUGAGGAGGAGGUAGACCAACCAGAUCUACAUAUCAACACAGUCGUGUCUCGAGAGCACUGGAUCAACACCGCAACGCAUCCUAGAGUCGGUACCGUAAAGUUCGAUACCGGUUAUAGCGCAAAACACCCAAAUUACGUGACCGCAAUCCUAUUGUCGGAAGCGCAGUACUUGGGUAACGAGACAAGGCCAGAUGUUCUUGGCUAUCCACUCUACAACAUCAUCCUUGUAAAGACAGUAAGAGUAAGAGGUAAGGUAAAGUUCAUGGAGCGCAUAGGUCUUGGUAAGAUUUACAAAUAUGCAUGGAGAGAAGCAGGGGCGAGCAAGGAAGUGGUUGUGUUAGAGUAA